CCAUGACACUGUUAGUAAACAUAACAUAGUCGUCCAUAAAAAGAAAUCUGGUUACUUCAAAAUAGAUGUUGGAAAAUGAAUGACCAAUCCGAAGAGUACAACCCAAGAGGACGAGGCGCCACAUUUUCAGCCUCCGAGUUAAACUACAAUUUGCCUCAUUAUGAUAAUGAAGAUACCCCCUCAAUGCCAAUUGAAGAGGGCGAGUUUAACUACAAUUUGCCUCAUUAUGAUAAUGAAGAUACCACUUCUAUAUCAAGCGAAGAGGUAGAAGACUCGUCAGCCGGAUCAGCAGAGUUGAAUAUAGACGCAAUUGACGUAUCAAGAUUUACGAAUGUUCCAUAUCGAGCUCCACAAAGCUACGGAAAUCGCAGAGAAGGAACGUAUAGCCCCGAAACAUCAAGAGACGUGGCAAAUCAUCGGGCAAAUUUAUCUAGUUUGUUCCGUAGAUACAUGGGACAUGGCGCUAUUUCUACGACCCAAUCGGACAUUGCAAGACGAUCUGGUAAUACUUCUUAUGCAAUUUUUAAUAGAGCUUUUAAAAGAAGGCAUGAGUCCGAACCAUCCAGCACUGCGACCAUUCCCUCCAACCAUAACGACAUAUACAAAAUGUUUGUUUCCGGCGGUACUUUGGUAGUGCCUAGAAAUUGGGGAAGACCAUCAUCCCUAGAUAUGAAUACAAACGAACAUUCUGCUACAUAUUGUGAUGGUGUCACAAUAGAUGCCUUCAUCUCGCACUUCCGGAACAAAGUUCUGGAAUUAAAGUAUCGCCCAAAUUUGACAGAUUUCGAUAAAAUCUACAAAUCCUUCUGUAAAUACGCAGUGACACGACUUAUCUAUAUUAAACUCAGGAUGAACCUUAACAACAAUGAAGAGAAUAAUGAAAACGAUGACGAAGACGAUGAUGAAGAGAAUAAUGAAGACGAUGACGAAAACGAUGAUAAAAUGAAUAAUGAAUACGAUGACGAAUACGAUGAUGAAGAGAAUAAUGAAGACGAUGACGAAGACGAUGAUGACAAAAAUAAUGAAGACGAUGACGAAGACGAUGAUGAAGAGAUAAAUGAAGACGACGACGAAGACGAUGAUGAAGCGAAUAAUGAAGACGAUGACGAAUACGAUGAUGAAGAGAAUAUUGAAGACGAUGACGAAGAUGAUGAUAAAAUGAAUAAUGAAGACGAUGACGAAUACGAUGAUGAAGAGAAUAAUGAAGACGAUGACGAAAACGAUGAUGAAGAGAAUAAUGAAGACGAUGACGAAGACGAUGAUGAAGCGAAUAAUGAAGACGAUGACAAAGGCCAUGAUGAAGAGAAUAAUGAAGACGAUGACGAAGACGAUGAUAAAGAGAAUAAUGAAGACGACGAAGAUAAUGAAAACGACUCCGAGGUUGAGAAUUUUCAUAACAUUGACGAUGCGUACGAAACUGAUACUUAUAUUGACACUUAUGCAGAUAGGUAUGCCAACAGUGAAAAUGAUAUUGCCGACAUGGAAGCACAAGGCGGCCAAAUUGGGGGAACAGAAACAGUCGAGAUAACCGAAAAAGUGUCACUUGAGGAAAAAACCAAGCGGAACGCAAUUAGGUCGUUCCUCAGAAGGAAUCUGUGCGUUUCUACAAGAUCAAAAACAGAAUCUGACACGGAUUCUGAAUGA